GGCUGACGUCCUGCCCCGCAGCCACCUUUGGAGCAGCGGCAGCUUGGGAAACACAGUGGAGUGAGAGGACCUUGGAGGUGACCCCAAGAUGAAUCUCCUCGCUCAGAUGAGCUCCCUCCUUCAGACCCUUCAAGCUCCGGACUGGCUGUUCCUCCAGCCCUGGCAUUGGCUGGGCUCCUGGGUGAGCAGCUCCAGGCAGGGCACCUGUGGCCCUGAAACUCGGCUGGGUCCCCAGGCAGUGACUGGGGCAGUGACCACGGCAGGGUUCUUCCUCUGCGAGGGGCUGCUGGGACAACACUUCAGCAUGGUCCCCAACGGGGUGGCUGAGCCCCAGCCUGGGGACCUCUUCCUCUUCCCGCUGGCCUCUGGGGGCCCUGGCUGGUGGGGGUCCCACGCUGGCAUCUACUGUGGUGAUGGGGAGAUCAUCCACCUGGAAGGCAGCUCAGGGACAUCACCAUCAGGCAUCGUGGCUAAGCACGGCAAGAGCCACCUCCUGCGGACACGGGGCCCGGCCAAGGUGCUCCGGAGGAAGGGAGGGCUGGACGUGGCUGCCCUGCAGCGGCGGAUCCGGGCAGCCAUGGACCAGUCAGUGGAGUACAACAUCAUCACCUGCAACUGCAUCCACUUCGCCCUUGCCCUCCUGGGGCUGGGCCACCUUGCUGGUGCCAUGGUGUCCCCAGCGCUGCAGUGAGGGAGGUGAUGGUGCUCCUGGGGAACAAGUGGGGCUGGAGCAUUCUCCUCUGGGGACCAGAACUACACCAGUGAUUUGUCAAUCCUCUUGUCAAUCCUGGCAAUAAACAGUUACGUGGAAACCCUGUGCCUACCCUGUUUGGUUUGUUGUUUUCUCAUUUACCCCAGAAGCCGCUGUAAAGUGAUGUCCCACCUUGACACACCUUAAAAGGCGAGGCUGCUCUUUGCUCCUCAUGGCCUCCUGAGACAAACAUCUGCCUCUUUCACUGCUGCCAUUUAAUUUUGAGCAUAAAAAUGAAUAUUACUUGGACUGCUGGAUUGAAAAUGGGCCAAAAAAGGCUAGAUCAGGUCUGGCUGGAGACUGGUGCUGUACCCCAGAGGUCAACUCUGCAUCCAGUCCUGGAGAGACACCACAAAGGGCCACCAAGGGUCUGGAGCAUUUCCCAUAGGAAGGGAAGCUGGAAGAGCAG